AUGGAAAACAAAGGACUCAACGACCUCCUCCGCUGGGGCAUUGAAAACUCGGCCGACACCCCUGGAGGCGACUCAUCAGCACAGCAGCAGCAGCAACCCGCGCACACCACCAACCUGACCCCCGACGUCAUGGCCGCCCUCAUGGGCGGGCCUUCAGACGCCGACCUGAUGAAGGCGUCGAUGGAAAUCAUCACGGCCCCGCUCUCGGACCAAGUCUCUGUCCAGGACAAGCUUAUCGCCUUUGACAACUUUGAGCAGCUCAUCGAGGGCCUCGACAACGCAAACAACAUUGCCAACCUUGGCCUGUGGACCCCGCUACUCGCCCAGCUCGACGCCGACGAGAGCGAACUGCGCAAAAUGGCCGCCUGGUGCAUCGGCACCGCCGUCCAGAACAACGAGCGCACUCAGGAGAGGCUCCUGGCUGUCGGUGGUCUGCCUGCCCUCGUCGCCAUGGCCGUCAGAGGCGAGGAGAAGGAGGAUGUGCGGAGAAAGGCCGUGUAUGCGCUCAGCUCGGCUUGUCGCAAUUACCAGCCCGCCAUGGACGCCUGCACCGAGGAGUUGACCAGCCGUGGUCAACCUACAGCAAAGAUCGACGCCAUGGAUAUGGAGGCUGUCGACCACGUCAUGAAUGCCCUUCGGGAACAGACUCGUGCUGCCUGA